AUGGCACGUUGUUAUCUUCUCCUCCUGGUUUUCGUUUCUCUGUUGUCAUCAGUUGCAGAAGCCAGGGUUAUCACCCUGCAAAAUAAGUGCAAAGCCACUAUAUGGCCUGCAUUUCAAGUGGGAUCUGAAUUGGAUAAUGUACAUGGAGAAGUUGAUGGUGGUUUCGAGUUAAAACCUGGUGAAUUAGUGAAUGUGACAGCAGAAUAUUAUGCCAUUGUUUGGGGUCGAAAUGGGUGUUUGUUUAAUCAAUCUGGCCAUGGAACAUGUGUCACCGGUGACUGUGGUGGUGUGCUUAGAUGUGGUGAAGCAAGCCAGAGCAUGAUCCCUGUACUACCAGUCACCUAUGCUAUGAUAUAUCUUCAUGAAUUCUUACCUGAUUUUUAUGCAGUUAGUGUUCAUAAUGGAUUCAAUUUACCAAUUUCUAUAUUGCCUUAUGGGAAUCCUGCUGCAGAAUGUGAGGCUUCAAGCUGCCUUACAAACUUAAACCAGAUAUGCCCUAGUGAGCUGCAGGUGAGAUCAAAUGGAAGUAUUGUAGCAUGUAAAAGUCCUUGUGUAGCAUUCAAUAAGCCUGAAUUCUGCUGCAUAGGUAGUCGUCCACAUAUACCUGAGUACCCUGAAAUUGACGAUUGCAAGCCUACAAAUUAUUCAGUCGUGUUCCAGGCUGCUUGUCCUACUGCUGUUACUUCUGCUAAUUUGGAAUUAUCCAAAGCAUCAGUGUGCUGGAAAGCUAAUUACUUAAUUAGCUUCUGCUGA